AUGGCUGGAAGAAACGAUGCGGCGAUUGCUGCUGCUUUACAGGCUGUUGCUCAGGCUGUGCAGAAUCAGCAUAAUGCUGGAGGAAACGACGAGUCCCGUAGCUUGAGUACGUUUCAAAGGGAGAAUCCUCCUACCUUCAGGGGUAAGCAUGAUCCUGAUGGAGCACAGAAUUGGCUCAAGGAGAUUGAAAGAAUUUUUCGGGUAAUGGAUUGUACUGAGGGCCAAAAGGUACGGUAUGGUACGCAUAAACUGGCUGGAGAAGCUGAUGAUUGGUGGUUGGGCACUCGUCAGAGGUUGGAAAUUACAGGUGAAGUGAUUACUUGGGUUGUGUUUAGCAGAGAAUUUUUGAGGAAGUAUUUUCCAGAGGAUGUGCGCGGGAAGAAGGAGAUUGAGUUCCUUGAGCUAAAACAAGGGAACUCGACUGUUACUGAGUACGCUGCUAAGUUCGUAGAACUUGUGCAGUUCUAUCCACAUUACACUGCUGAAACUGCGGAAUUCUCUAAGUGUAUAAAGUUUGAGAGUGGACUGCGCCCAGAGAUCAAGAGAGCUAUAGGGUACCAACAGAUUCGCAGAUUUCCAGAAUUGGUGAACAGCUGUAGAAUCUAUGAAGAGGAUAGCAAGGCUCAUUCAGCUCACUAUAAGAGUUUGAGUGAGAAAAGAGGUAAACAACAUAUGAAUCGUGGGAGACCCUAUGAUGCUCCUGCUGAUAGAGGGAAACAGAAGAUAGCUGAUGGCAAGAGGCCAAGUGGUGGAGGUGUUCCUCCAAAUCCUAUCAAGUGUUACAGGUGUGGUGGCAUGGGUCACCGUGCUAAUGAGUGUCAGUCUGAUGUGAAGAAAUGUUUCAAAUGUGGGCGAUCGGGUCAUGUUGUAGCUGAUUGUAGGGCUAAUGUACCUACUUGCUAUAAUUGUGGAGAGCAGGGUACUUGCUAUAUUCAUGAUACUCCUUUGAUUGCCAUUAUUGACACGGGUGCAACCCACUCGUUUAUCUCUGCUGAAUGUGUGAAGAGGUUAGGAAUUAUGCCGUCUACUUUGGGUAGAGGGAUGGUGAUUGAUACUCCUUCUAUGGGAUCAGUGACCACGUCUUUAGUGUGCUUGAAUUGUCCCUUAUCAAUUCUUGGUAAAGAUUUUGGAGUGGAUUUGAUUUGUCUACCACUCAAUGGGCUAGGUGUUAUUUUGGAGAUGAACUGGCUAGAGUUCAACCAUGUGUAUAUCAACUGCUACGCGAAGACGCUGUUGUUUCUUAGUUCUGAAGAGGAAGAGUUAGUUGAUUAUUUAACUACCAAAGAAUUAAGAGCAGUGUUGGAAGAAUAA